UGGAAUAUAGGUGAACCGGAUUACCCGGUCAGCAGUCGGGUCCCGAAAGAGGCAGAGUCGGAGUUGCAUGAAAAUCGUUGCAGAACAGAACACUCACUCUUUCUAUAUUCCUUUCUUCUUCACUCUGCUUUUCGAUCUCUAUACUCUCAUUCUAGAUUGGGAGUGGAGUAACAUCCAGAUCCAGCCUACAACAAAACAAAGGCCAUGUUUUUCUUUGAUUGGUUUUACGGAAUUUUGGCAUCGCUUGGCUUGUGGCAGAAGGAGGCCAAGAUCUUAUUCUUAGGCCUCGAUAAUGCCGGAAAAACCACCUUGCUUCACAUGCUCAAAGACGAGAGACUAGUUCAGCAUCAGCCUACACAGUAUCCAACAUCAGAGGAGUUGAGUAUUGGAAGGAUCAAGUUUAAGGCUUUUGAUCUUGGGGGUCACCAGAUUGCGCGAAGAGUCUGGAAAGAUUACUAUGCUAAGGUAGAUGCAGUGGUCUACUUGGUUGAUGCAUAUGACAAAGAAAGAUUUGCCGAGUCUAAAAAAGAGUUGGAUGCUCUUCUCUCUGAUGAGUCUUUGACUACUGUCCCUUUUCUUAUCCUCGGAAACAAGAUAGAUAUUCCAUAUGCCGCCUCAGAAGAAGAGUUGCGUUAUCAUCUGGGCCUGACCAAUUUCACCACAGGCAAGGGCAGUGUAAAUUUGUCAGACUCUAAUGUCCGUGCUAUGGAGGUUUUCAUGUGCAGUAUUGUGAAGAAAAUGGGUUAUGGAGAUGGUUUCAAAUGGCUCUCUCAAUACAUCAAAUAGUCCAUGUAAUAAGUAAGAGAUGGCUUGGAAUCCUGUUUCUAGAAGCCUUUUCCUAUAGUUGUGCUAUAGAGAUGUUCUUAGUACAAAUUGCUGUUAAACAUAUUUUGUUCUUAGUACAAAGAAAUUGUUGUUAAAGCCUAAAGGAAAAUGACACUUCUUUCACUGAUUCAU